CGAUAAUCGAACAUUCGGAAUACGCAGAAAAGAUGGCGGGGAGCGUUUAUACUCCGUUCUGUGGAGGAUAGGUUACUGGUACAAAUUUAUGCGAAGUCUUUCCAUAAAUGUUAAUUUUAUGAAAUAAUUAUGAAACAGUAUGACCAACCAUUAAUCGGAAGCAACGAAACCGGCGAGCAUCGACGAACAUGAAGAUCGUUCGCGAACGCUCGAUUGGUCUCAUACGGGCCCUCAGGGGUUAAAGGAGAACAAUAGAGGUCGCGUAAACAAAGUAAGCACGUGAGGCAGCAAAGCACAAAGGAAGAAAAAAGAGAGAAAAGGAUGCAAAGGAAAGGUUAGUCGAUGCAUCCGUUCUCCCCUCCCCGUAUAAUCUGAACUCCGCGGAGGUUUCGGUCGGGUCGCGUGCGCUCGCGAUUCUCGCGGGCGUCGAAUGUCGAUAUUCGAGUGCGCGACGCAGGCUGAGCAGUGGCAGCGUCGACCGAACUGCGCCGAGAAUCUAAAAUUAUCAACCGAUUCAAGAGAGGGGUAAAACGAAUAGUUAUGCAGAAAGAGAAAAAGGGAGGGGUGGCAGAAAGAAUAGGGAAGGAGGAAAAGAAGCCGUAUACAAAAUACAGGAAUUAAGAAAAGAUAUAAUCAAAGCGUUCGAGUCGGAUACUUCGUACUACGGAAGUACGAUGAUCAAAGGGAAGGAUAACGAAAGAAAGGGUAGGAAAGGAAACAGAUAAAGGGAAGAGGAAGGACGAGUUCGGUAGCGUCGGGGCCGAUAGGGCGGUUACGAGAUCGCGCGAGUCCAAGCGUGUAGGUAAGACAGAGAGGAAGGGAAAGGGAGAGGGUAGGAGAAAUAGGGUAAGGGUGGGGUGAGAGUAGAAACGGUAGCAUCGUAGGAGUAGGAGUAAAAGUAGGAGGAGAAGGAGGUGACGGAACGACGGUGCGGUGGCUCGCGAGGCCAGAGAGACGUCGUCGUCGGUGGCCGUCGGUGAAGAGUACCUGUCGCGCAUCGAACGCGUAACGCUCGAUGAUUCGAUAGUCGCGAUCGAUUCUCGGUUGAUCUCUCGUUUAUCCUCGAUCGCCGGUCCGCGAGUAAAUCAGGUUGACUCGCUCGGACCGGACGGCCGACUGCUUUGCCCCGUGUCGACUCCAGCCAGGGUCGAUCGGUGUGUGCGCGCGUGUGCAUUUUCCGAUUGACGUGACAGCGGAGGAAAAGCCGCGGGCCCGUGCAGCGGGGAAGAGCGGCGCGGAAGUGUCCGAGCCGCGAACAGACUCGCGGCAGAGGUUUUCGUUCGGACCGUUCGCCCGGAGAAUCGACCAGUUGAGCGCGCGAUGGCGGACGAUCAGGAAGCGAACAACACGUGCGAGGAUUCCCUCGGACCCGGCGACGCGAACACCGCGUUCGCCAAGAAGAUCCGGGGAAGGAAAGGAGCUCUCAAGAAGAAGAAUGUCUACAUCGUCAAGAAUCACAGCUUCAUGCCGCGGUUCUUCAAGCAACCGACGUUCUGCAGUCACUGCAAGGACUUUAUAUGGGGGUUCGGCAAGCAGGGAUACCAAUGCCAAGUGUGCAGCUUCGUCGUUCACAAACGAUGCCACGAGUACGUGACUUUCACGUGCCCUGGGGCUGACAAGGGAGCCGAUUCGGACAUGAGCACCGCACACAAAUGGGAGGUUUUCACGUACCUGACGCCGACCUUCUGCGACCACUGCGGCUCGAUGCUUCACGGUAUCUCGCAUCAGGGACUUAAAUGUUCAGCAUGCGACAUGAAUGUACACAAACGGUGCGAGGAGAGCGUGCCCAAUCUUUGUGGAUGCGACCACACCGAAAGACGCGGUCGCAUAAACUUGAACAUCAGCUGCUCCGGAAACAAGCUCACCGUCGAAGUGAAACAGGGUCGCAACCUCAUCCCGAUGGAUCCCAACGGCCUGUCGGACCCCUACGUGAAGCUGAAACUGAUCCCAGAUUCGGACAACGUGAAGAAGAAAACGAAGACCAUCAAGUCCUCCCUGAACCCCGAAUGGAACGAGACAAUCAUUUUCGAUUUGAAACCGGAGGACAAAGACAGGAGGCUGCUGAUCGAAGUCUGGGACUGGGACCGAACGUCCAGGAACGACUUCAUGGGCUCCCUGUCUUUCGGGAUAUCGGAGAUCAUCAAGGCACCCGCCAGUGGAUGGUUCAAGCUGCUCACUCAAGAAGAGGGAGAGUAUUACAAUGUACCUGUACCGGAAGAGGGAGUGGACCUUGCGGAACUCAAGGUCAAAAUGCGAAAAACGUCGGUCACGAAGAAGCCUACGUCCACUCACGACAAGGAGGUGCCGCACAACAUGGGCAAGAGCGACUUGAUCAGGGCGAGCGACUUCAACUUCCUCACUGUACUCGGCAAAGGCAGCUUUGGAAAAGUAAUGCUGGCGGAGAGGAAAGGUACCGACGAGCUGUACGCCAUCAAGAUCCUGAAGAAGGAUAUCAUCAUCCAGGACGACGACGUCGAGUGCACGAUGGUAGAGAAACGAGUACUAGCAUUAUCAAGCAAACCACCGUUCUUCGUGCAAUUGCACUCGUGUUUCCAAACUAUGGACCGGCUUUACUUCGUGAUGGAGUAUGUGAACGGCGGAGAUUUGAUGUAUCAGAUACAGCAGUGCGGCAAGUUCAAGGAACCGGUGGCAGUAUUUUACGCAUCCGAAAUAGCGAUUGGUUUGUUCUUCCUGCACGGACGAGGCAUUAUAUACCGGGAUCUGAAGCUGGACAACGUUCUACUGGACCACGACGGACACAUCAAGAUUGCGGACUUUGGAAUGUGCAAGGAAGGCAUUACCGGUGACAAGACCACCAAGACCUUUUGCGGAACUCCUGACUACAUUGCGCCUGAAAUCAUCUUGUAUCAACCGUACGGUAAAUCGGUCGAUUGGUGGGCGUACGGAGUGCUGCUAUACGAGAUGCUAGUCGGUCAACCACCGUUCGACGGAGAGUACGAGGAAGAGUUGUUUGCUGCCAUUACCGACCACAACGUCAGUUACCCGAAGAGCUUGUCGAAAGAGGCGAAAGAAAUCUGCAAGGCCUUCCUCACGAAAAAUCCCGUGAAACGACUCGGAUGUGGUUUGCGAGGAGAGGAAGAUGUUCGCAGCCACGCGUUCUUCCGGCGAAUCGACUGGGAAAAGAUAGAAAACCGAGAGGUGCAGCCUCCGUUCAAGCCAAAGAUUAAACAUCGCAAAGACGUGAGCAACUUCGACAAACAGUUCACCUCUGAGAAUACGGAUCUAACGCCGACGGACAAGUUAUUCAUGAUGAACCUGGAUCAAACGGAGUUCAUGGGUUUCUCGUUUCUCAAUCCGGAAUUCGUGCAACACGUUUAAAUCUCCUCGUCCGCUAGUUGUAACCUCUUCACACAUUUUCUCUUUCUCUAUCUCUUUCUCUCUUUCCAUUUCCUAGUGUUCAUCUUCCGACUUUUCACUACUCAGGGCUUUCACCGUCAUCUCCAUUCUCUUCUUCCUUUCUCUUCCGUCCUGAUCUCUCCUUGAUUUCUCCUCGUUUCCGAGUUGUUACAAAAAAGUUCUAGUUGAAGUAACGCUCUCUCGUAAUUCCGAGGACGCGUGUUUUUAACAAGCUACCUCGUGUAGCGAAAAUCGUCGAUGGGUUCGUUGAGCGAACCCGAACGCGGCGAGGAAAGCGAGCCGGGAAUCGUGCAACCGCGUAAACCUCGUGCUUCCUCCUGCGGUUAGGUCGACUUUCGUAUUUGCUGUCCACGUUCUUCGCGUGCAUUAUUAUUAUUAACAUUAUUACCGUUGUUACUCGUUUAUUUCAGUAGGCUCUACUGUCGCCUUCCAAAUGAACGUAAUAUUAUUAUAAUUAUUAUAAUUAUUAUUAUUAUGACCAUACGUACGUAUGCAUAUUAUAUAAAACAUUAUAAGGAUAUUACACGUUACGCGUUACGCGUUGUAAAUUUCUAUUCGCAUUUCGUUAACGUUCCACUUCUCGUCGAUUUAAUGAACCUCGUAAGUAGAUGAAACACGUGCGUAGUCGUUCGAGUAUUUGCAUUAUCACGGGACGAUCAGCGACGUGAACGUUUUCGUAUCUUGUAACGUUACGCCCUUACACACACACGCAUAUACACGAACACACACAUACAUAAAUUGUAAUCAAUCGAUAAUCGAAGCACGAAUAUGGAGUACCUUUUUAAGAGGUUUAUUCGUCUGCUCCGACGUGCUCGAUUAAUCUCGUAUCGGUAAUUAAAUUAACGAUUAUAAAUAA